CUGGUGAGCAGCUAUUCCAUGACCCCCCCUACUCUUAGCAUCACCGAGGAGGAGCACGUCAUCAACUCCGGGGACACACUAAGCAUCACCUGCAGAGGCCAGCACCCCUUGGAGUGGUCGUGGCCCGGGGGCAAAGUGGACCCCGCUGGGAAGGAGAAGGAGGCGGAACCUGCGGCCUCGGCAGCCCCCAGCAGCGGCCGGGCGAUCCGCGAGGACGACUGCGAGGGCACCGGCACGAAGCCGUACUGCAAAGUCCUGGUGCUGACGGAGACGCAGGCGAACGACACGGGCUACUACCGCUGCUACUACAAGUACAUCGAUGCCAAAAUCGAGGGCACCACGGCUGUCAGCGCCUACGUGUUCGUCAGAGAUUUCGAACAGCCAUUUAUCAACAAGCCGGAGACUCUGCUCAUCAGCAAGAAGGAGAGCACUUGGGUGCCGUGCCUGGUGUCCGUCCCCAACCUUAAUGUCACGCUGAUCUCGCAAAAUUCUCUCAUCUACCCUGACGGGAAAAGCACUUUCUGGGACAACAAGAAAGGGGUGCAAGUGCCCACACACCUGAUCAGAGACUCCUUGUUCGUCCAGUGUGAGACUGUCAUCGACAAGAAGGUCUUCAAAUCCAAUUUCUUCAUUAUCCACAUAGCAGGGAGCGAGCUGUAUGACAUCCAGCUGUACCCCAAGAAAGCCAUGGAGCUGCUAGUGGGAGAGAAGCUGGUCCUCAACUGCACAGUGUGGGCUGAGUUCAACUCCGGUGUCCGCUUCCAAUGGACUUAUCCUGGCAAACAGACACAGCGGGCAGUGACGGAGCCCGAGCGGCGGUCCCUGCAGACGCACACGGAGCUCUCCAGCAUCCUCACCCUGCAGAACGUGAGCCAGCAGGACCUGGGCAAGUACACGUGCACGGCCACCAACGGCGCCCAGCUGCUGCAGGAGAGCACCGACGUCAUCGUGCACGAAAAGCCUUUCAUCAACGUGGAGUGGAGGAAAGGGCCAGUGAUAGAAGCCACCGCAGGAGAUGAAGCCGUGAAGCUGCCGGUGAAAGUCGUGGCUUAUCCCCCGCCAGACUUCCAGUGGUACAAGGACGGGAAGCUAAUUCCCAAGCAAUCUCAAUCUUCAAUGCAGAUCAAGGAUGUGUCGGAGCAGCACGCCGGGAUGUACACGCUGGUUCUGCGGAACAGGCUGGCGGGGCUGGAGAAGCGCAUCAGCCUCCAGUUAAUCGUCAAUGUUCCUCCACGCAUCCAUGAGAAGGAAGCUUCUUCCCCGAGCAUCUACUCCCGGAGGAGCCCCCAGGCCCUCACCUGCACAGUCUAUGGCAUCCCGGCGCCGGAGGUGAUCCAGUGGCAGUGGAGGCCGUGGAUGCCCUGCCGGAUGUUCUCCCGACGCAGCCUCAACAGCAGGCACCGGGCUGCGAGGCGCCAUCAGCGGGACCGGAUGCCUGAGUGCAAGGACUGGAAGGAUGUGUCGCAGCAGGACGCAGUGAAUCCCAUCGAGAGCAUUGACACCUGGGUGGAGUUUGUGGAAGGACGGAACAAGACAGUCAGCAAACUGGCCAUCCAGGAGGCCAACGUCUCCGCCAUGUACAAGUGCAUUGCCUCAAAUAAAGUGGGUCGAGAUGAGCGGCUCAUCUACUUCUACGUGACCACCAUUCCAGAUGGGUUUGAGAUUGAAUCCCAGCCCUCAGAAGAGCCCAUAGAAGGGCAGGACCUACAGCUGAGCUGCAACGCAGACAACUACACUUAUGAGAACCUGCAGUGGUAUCGUCUGAACCUCUCCAAGCUCCAUGAUGAGGAGGGCAACCCCUUGGUGCUGGACUGCAAGAACGUCCACCACUACGCCACCAAAAUGCAGGGGGAGCUGCGUUUCCAGCCGGACUCCAACGACGCGACCUUGCUGCUCACCAUCCCCAACAUCUCCCUGGGCGAGGAGGGCGACUACGUGUGCGAGGUGCAGAACCGGAAGACCCGGGAGAAGCACUGCCACAAGAAAUACAUCUCCGUGCAAGCCCUGGAGAUCCCCCGCCUCAAGCAGAACCUGACAGACAUUUGGGUGAAUGUCAGUGACUCCAUAGAGAUGCGCUGUAAGGUGGACGGCAACCACAUUCCCGACAUCAGCUGGUACAAAGAUGAGAAGCUGGUGGAAGAAGUGUCAGGGAUCGACCUGGCAGACUUCAACCAGAGGCUGAGCAUCCAGAGGGUGCGGGAGGAGGACGCUGGCCUCUACCUUUGCAGCGUCUGCAAUGCCAAGGGCUGUGUGAACUCCUCGGCCAGCGUCUCUGUGGAAGGCUCUGAUGACAAGACCAACGUGGAAAUUGUGAUCUUGAUUGGGACUGGGGUCAUCGCUGUUUUCUUCUGGAUUCUCCUCAUCCUCAUUUUCUGUAACAUCAAAAGGCCUGCCCACGCGGACAUCAAGACCGGCUACCUCUCCAUCAUCAUGGACCCCGGCGAGGUGCCGCUGGAGGAGCAGUGCGAAUAUCUGCCCUACGAUUCCAGCAAGUGGGAAUUCCCACGGGAUCGCCUGCGCCUAGGUAAAGUCCUGGGUCACGGUGCCUUUGGGAAGGUGGUGGAAGCAUCAGCAUUUGGGAUCAAUAAAAGUAACAGCUGCGAGACUGUAGCAGUCAAAAUGCUGAAAGAGGGAGCUACUGCAAGUGAGCACAAGGCACUGAUGUCAGAGCUGAAGAUCCUCAUUCACAUCGGGAAUCACCUCAACGUGGUGAAUUUGCUGGGCGCCUGCACCAAACCCAAUGGACCACUAAUGGUUAUCGUCGAGUUCUGCAAGUAUGGAAACCUCUCCAACUACCUGCGGACCAAGAGGGAAGGAUUCAGUCCUUAUAGAGAGAAGUCACCCAGGCUGCGCAUCCAGGUUCAGUCCAUCGUGGAGGCGGUGAGGGCAGACCGGAGGAGCCGCUCGGGGACCAGCGACAGCGCUAUCUUCAGCCGCCUGCUGAUGCACAAGAGCCACCCAGCACAGCCCAUCCAGGAAGUGGAUGAUUUGUGGCAAAGUCCCUUGACUAUGGAAGACCUGAUUUGCUACAGCUUCCAGGUAGCACGUGGCAUGGAGUUCCUGGCAUCCCGAAAGUGCAUCCACAGAGAUCUAGCUGCUCGCAAUAUCCUGCUGUCAGAGAACAACGUGGUAAAGAUCUGCGACUUCGGCCUGGCCCGGGACAUCUACAAGGACCCUGACUAUGUCAGGAAAGGCAGUGCUCGUCUCCCACUGAAGUGGAUGGCCCCAGAGAGCAUCUUUGACAAGGUCUACACUACCCAGAGUGAUGUCUGGUCCUUUGGAGUCCUCCUCUGGGAAAUCUUCUCACUAGGGGCAUCUCCAUACCCUGGAGUCCAGAUCAACGAGGAGUUCUGCCAGAGACUCAAGGACGGUACCAGGAUGAGAGCCCCAGAGUAUGCCACAGCGGAAAUUUACCGGAUCAUGCUGAGCUGUUGGCACGGGGAUCCCAAGGAGCGACCAACUUUCUCUGACCUAGUAGAGAUCCUGGGAAAUCUGCUUCAGGAAAACGUCCAGCAGGAAGGAAAAGAUUACAUCCCGCUGAACGACUCCCACAGCUCGGAAGAUGAUGGUUUCUCCCAGGUGCCUUCCUCUGUGCAGCAAAACUCAGAUGAAGAGGACUUUGACAUGAGGAUACGCUGCCACAGUCUAGCAGCAAGAUAUUACAACUGCGUCUCGUUCCCUGGUUGCUUGACGGGAGGAAAUCAGAUCAGGUGUCCGUCCAGGAUAAAGACAUUUGAAGAGUUUCCCAUGACACACACGAUGUACAAGGCACACCCGGACAAUCAGACAGACAGUGGGAUGGUUCUGGCAUCUGAGGAAUUUGAGAGGAUAGAAAACCGACACAGAAAAGAAGGUGGAUUCAGCAGUAAAGGGCCCAGCCGAACUGCGGAGCUGUCAGGGGAACAGUCGGACCUGCGGGGCAGGUGUCAGCCGUCGUAUGGCUCCCAGGUGGGAGGCCAGACUUUUUACAACAGUGAAUACGGGGAGCUGUCAGAACACUCUGAGGACGGCAGCUGCACCCCGCCUGGAGAGGGCAUCAGUCCCUCUGCUCUCCACGCUUCCUUCUUCUCCGAGCAGUACUAACGGCGCCAGGCCGCGGGGUGCCCUGCCGAGACGUCCCCUCUCACCCUCCAGGCGAGUCGCAAGGGACCUGGAGCUCCCCCUUCACCUCCAGCAAGGAACCGACCCCGCACGCGCGGGCAGCACCGAUCUCCAUGGGCCUGCAGCACGACGCCCGUGAAGCCCCCCCAGCUGCCGCCUCUCCGUGCCAGGACUCGAGAGCACCUCGCUGAUUCCUCGGGUUUCCUUCAUUCCUGUGGCUCGGACAUGCGUUCCGCCGGCAAGCGGGUGCCUGUGCUCAGCACUACAGCACCUUCUGCCCGCAUCCAGCCUCCACGCAGACCAGCUCCCCAUUCAGAAAGCCCAUUUCAGGUCAGAUAUAAAUAGAUGCGUCUUAGUCAAGUUUCUUCCCGGUGCGCCGCCUCAGUGUUUUUCCUUGGAUUGCUUCCUCCUCCCGCACUCAUGAUGUCAGCUGCUGAGCGGAAUCAAAGGGAAGAAAUCCCUAAUGACAUCAGCAGCCAGAGCAGGACGUUUCGAGGAGGUGGAUGGGGAGAUCCCAAGGGAUCGUUGUAUGAGCUCGCACACGCUGUUCCUUCUGGGCAGGUGCCAAUGAACACCCAGCCUCUCCACUCCUCCGUGAG